UCGAGGCGUGUGAACGUGAUUUCAGGCUUUUCGGUUUUCGGUGGCUCUCCUCGAUUUCCUCGAUUUCGGCGCAGUGGGAAAAGCGCCCCGGCCCAAACAAAAACAAUAAAAAAAAAAAAAAAGCAAACAAAAAAACAGAAGCGAGACCCCUGAGGUCGCGGAAACUGCAGAAGAUUUGCAAUUGUAUGGAAAUAUGGACUUUACCACUAAUUUUCAUUGCCCAGCGAGUGUGUGUAAGCGUGCGAGUGUGAAAUCUGCGUGAAACAUUGCCAAAUCCUUCGACAGAUUUCUAUUUGCACCUAUUUUGCAUUCGGCAGUCGGCAGUCGGCAUCUGCCAUUGCCAUUUGCCAUUUGCCAUCGACGCGAGUGUCAAUCGAGUGAAAGUAAACAAUGGUGCGCACCCAAAUGGACAGGCGAUCGCCGAUCACUAGACUAAUAACGAGCGAGGUCAUCUGGUGUUUGCUGAUGCUACUGGCGGUGACUCUUCCGCUGGCUUCCGCCGGAUUUGGCUUUGACUCGGCCAACUCCUGCAGUCCCAAUGGGAAGAUAUCGCGACGUGGUCGCGCCCAGAUGCUGGCUGCGAUUCCAUGCGACCUGGGUCAGCAGGCCUUCUGCCACCUGCCCGGAUCCGCUUAUCCGUGGCACGCUGUACGGCGAUUCGUGCACGAGAACCAGGGCCUGAUGAAGCGCAUGUACGGCGAUGUCAGGCACAUUUCCAUUCUGCGGGACGAGAUCCAGAACAACGAGGUGGACGCGGACGACAUUGAGGAGGCAGCGGAGCGAUACAGCAAGGAUGGCGGUCGGCGGAGUGCCAAAUAUCUGAUGAACAGCAGAGAUCGUGAUCGCGAUCGUGACCGGGAAGAUUUCGGGAGCUUCAAGGGCAACGAUGUGCUAAUGGAGCCACAUUUUCGACCAGUCUCCACAAUUGCCACAAGUACGACUAAGGCUACGACAACCACAACAACUGCUCCCGAAACAGUAAGUAGCUCUACGGACCAAAUUCCAAAUGAGGUCACCAACACAACGCCUGGCAAUACCAAUAGUACGAUAAGUACUACUAAAGGAACUGCGCCACCUUUACACGAAAAAUCCGAAGUAGAAACCGACAUAGUGGAAAUCCAGCCCAGUCCAGAGUCGAACAGUGUCUACGAAGUAGUGUCCUCUUCAGCUCCAUCAACCACUUCCACCGCCAAACCUUCGUCCGGAGCAGGUGAAAAUAUACAGAUCAUUGACUCCCCACAGUUGGGGCUUCGUAAUCUAAGCGCAGAGGCAAAUCCAUCACAAGAACCACCCACUGCCACAACAGUGAAGCCCACAUCUGUGGCCAAGAGCUCGACAACUUUACCCAUCAGAAAAAGGAAACCGGCAGAGGCAACCACCACAGCAGCCAGUCAAAAGGUCUCCAGCACCAUAUCGGCACCAACCACAACAACAGCAACCUUGCUGAUGCGCCGCAAUGUAACCAAGUACUCACCCGUAUCCGUGACCACGCCCGUCAGCUUCGCCUCGCUCUUCUCCGGCACCUCCAGCGGUCUUUUCAGCCCGGAGAAGCUGCGCAGACCCUUGGCCACCAGCAGUACAAGUGCUCCACCUCCUCCGGCGGGAGGAUCUCCAGCGGGAAGCUCGAGCGGAAGCGCCAGCAAGUCUGGACUGCUAAGGGAGGGUCAGCUGUUCCAGGAUGCCAUGAAGCAAGAGCCCGUGGCCGUGGCUAGCAACUUGCGUGGAGUAAAUGCCUGUCCCGUCAAGGAUGAAGUGGUUGCUCCAUUUUGGGCAAACAAUACCCGCGGCGAGGUCUUAGCCCUUCUUAACCUGUAUCCCUUCGAGCAGUACGUCCACUGGGAGAAGUGCACCCACGAAUUCAAGCAGAUGUUCUGCCGCGAUGGUUGCAGAUGUGAGCAGCAGUACCGCCUCCACAGAUUGUUGGCCUACGAUCCGCAUAAUGAGUGCCGCGGCAUAUUCUCCGACUGGUUCAGAUUCCCCUCGAGCUGCAUAUGCAAGUGCUACAAUAUACCAAUGGAGUUCCGGGCGACUUCACGCAGUCCAAGGUCCGAUAGUCGAUUUGAUGCUCCAAAAUCCGAUCCCAUCCAGGCGGCGGAGGCGGAGGUCCAACGGGCCAUAUACGAACAUGCCACGGAAGAGUGGUAUCGUCCACGCGAUGAAUUCGACUUCUUGGAGGACUAACCCCAUUUAAUUCCCCUCUGCGACCAAUUGUACAGUAGUGUUAAGUCUUAUGGAAUUAAGCAAUACUUUUCUUAACGAAUUCUAGUUAGUCCUUCAAUCAUUCUUUGAUCAGUUAAUUAAUUAGUUAUAACUUUAAACUAACUCAUAAGGGCGGCGUUAUGUUAAUGUAAAUAUAGUCCAGCAUAAUGCCCAAUUUACAGAAAAACCUGCAGAGCGAAUGUACCUUGAAAUACUUACGAACGCAUUGCGGCCAUUGAGCUGCGUACGAUGGUAUUUAUUAGAUUUAUGUAUUUAUUUAUUCAGAUUAUAGACGUAAGCAUAACCAUAAACGUGGCCAUAACAUAAACCCCAAAUCCUCUCUUUGCAACAUGUAGUCGGUAUAUAGAAUGCUUAUGUAAAAAAUAGAUUUUAUUGUAUUUAAUACGUUGAUAUAUUACUGUUUACUCUUUAAUGUAUACAAGGGUACGAUGAUAAAUUAGAUUUAUAAAUUGUAUGUGUUUUGUAGUAAAGGUUUUCUUUUUUUUUAGCUAUUUGAAGGCAUUGAAGGCACUUCAUUUCAGUUUAACCAUUAACCACUUAAGACUAGUGAUAGCAUUUUGUCUAUCACUCAUUUAAAUAAAUCUUCUUGUGUUGCCUAA